AUGCCUACUACGAUUAAUUUCGUCGUUCCCCAGUCCUGGAGAGACUCGAACAACAGCGAAAACAUUAUGGCCCUUCGGAACGUUCCACCGCCGACACCCGUGCCUCCCAAGGUAAUUGCCGCCUAUCCGAGGGUGUUCGAUAACGACGAGGAGAACUUCAGUGACGGCUGCGACGACUGCGACAACAAAGACGGCAGCGACGCCAAAGUGGCCAGCCCCUUGACAUAUGACAAACGGCCAAUCAUCCCUUCGCCAUUCUCCGCAAGGCGCUCCGGCGCGGAACUUGAAAAGCCCAAAUCACUCCUCACCCUCGCUGUGGCACGUUCUCGUUCCUCGGUCUCCGCUACAUCUUUCGACAGCGGUGACUGGGUCACCGAUUCCAGCGAUGGCGAGACCGACAAUGACAGUGGCGGCGAUUAUAUGCCUGUCGCUCAACAAGUGGCCGAGGAUUUCAAACGCGACAACCAGGCCAUGGCCGCCACACGCUCAGCCGUCAAGUCCCUAACCUACCUAAUUUCCGAGAUUGACGUUGCCGCUGACCACUGGAGCGCCCCCAAGCAACCGCCUCCUUCUCCCGUAGGCGGCAUCUUCAACGCCAUCAGCAAGAACAUCGCGACCAACCUCAAAUUGUACGGCAACCUCGCCGCCCGGCUGCAAGUCUACCCCCGCCAACAACAACAAGAACAACGGGAACAAGAACCAACGGGGAACAAGAACCAACGGGAACCAAGAACCAACAGACCAAGCACCAACACCAGCCCCCAACCUAAUCAUCAACAACCACAACAACAACACCAACGACCUCAACCCACCUCCCCCUCCGCAUCCCCUCCCGCAAACCCAACCCCAACUCCAAACCCAAACCCAAACCCAAACCCAUCACCCUCCCACCCCCCCUUCCACCAUCACCACGACCCCCCCACCCCACCACCACCCCCCUUCAACUACACCUCCCCUCCACCCUCCGCCCAACACCCCCCCAAACCCAAAACCCCCCCAAAAAACCACCACAACACCCCCCCGGCCCUCUUCCCCGCCAGCCCGUCCCCGCCCAUCACCAUCCCGCUCCGGCCCGCCCAGCGCGAGAAGGUCCGGCACAGGACCGAAUACAACCUGCCCUUAAACAUCUCGAUGGUGCAGGACCGGCGGCAGCUCGCGGCGGGGGGGCCGUUGGGGCUGGGGAGUCGGGGUGGGAGUGGAAGAGGGAAGGUGAUGAUGGGAGAGUGUGAUUUUGAGGAGGGGUGGGACGUUGGGGUGGGUCGGGGGUGGGGGCUGUUGCGUGGCGGUGGAGGGGGAUGA